AUGAAAGGAAAGUUCACUCUUAAUCAGUCGAAGUUGGAUGCCGGAAUGAGGAAGCGUCCCCAGAAAGGAGAUGAUAAAGUUGAAAGAGCAACUGCUAACUGGAGUCCUCAAAAAACCGACGAUUGGGAUCCGGACCUUCCGUACGGCGGGAAAAUUUAUCUUGCCAGAAAGAAGAAACCUGAUUCCUGGACUAUCAUCAUUGCAGAAAUAACAUUAGUGAUCGCAGCCCUGGGCCUAGCAUAUUAUUCGUACUACUACUUCGACCACUUCCACUACCACGUCACGAAGGGCUACGCCAAGCUGGGAUUUCCGGAAGCACAACAUGCUCUGGGAAACAAAUAUUAUCAUGGUGAGGUCAUGGCGUUGAAGAGGACAAACACAAAGCAAUGGAAUAUUAUAAGUAAGAGAUACAGAACGCUGAUCUAA